AUGCUUUUUCCCCCCCACCGAGAGUAGUUGACUUUAGUCGAACACAGCAGUUAUGGAUGAAGCAGGGGGAGCCGGGCCCUCGGCGGAGGACAGCUCGAGUGUCUCUACUCCAGUGUUGAGAGUAAGCCAGCUUGAUGCUUUUGAACUGGAUGCAGCUCUGGAGCAGCUCCUUUGGUCACAGUUCUACCAGUGUUUCCAGCACCUCAGGCCUGGGCUCCUCACCCCCUUUGAGCCAGAACUAAAAGCACUUCUGCAGCUCCUCCUGUGGAGAUUCACCGUGUACUCUAAGAGCGCCACCGUGGGGCAGGCCCUGCUCAACAUCAGAUAUAAGAACGACCUCUCCCAGGCGCAGCGCUACCGGCCCAUGAGUCACCAGCAAAAGCUCUGGUUUGCUCUGUGCACCGUGGGGGAGAAGUGGCUCAAAGAGAGGUCCCACGGUCUGUUCCUGAAUCGCCCAGCUGACUCCCACGUGCACAAAGUGAGGCGCAUCCUCGCUGCCUUGGGUGGCUUGGCCAAAGUGGCCAGCCUGCUCAACUUCCUCUAUUUCUUGCAGUGGGGCAGGUUCCCGACGCUCACUGAGCGGCUGCUGGGCGUGCGGGCAGUAUUCACUCGGCCCCCAGGACCCCGAGACAUGGGCUUCCAGCACGCCACGCGUGAGCUUUUGUGGCACGGCUUUGCCGAGUUCCUCAUCUUCCUCUUCCCUUUGGUCAGCAUCCGCAGGCUGAGAGCCGCUGUGCACACCCUGCUCCCAUGGGCCGAGAUCAAGGGUGACUCCCGCAGUCUGGGGGCCUGCCUACCCGCCGCAUGUGCAAUCUGCAGCGAGUGGCCCACUAUGCCACACACCAUCGGCUGUGAGCAUGUCUUCUGCUACUACUGCGUCAAGAGCCACGCCAUCGCCGAAAUGUGCUUCUCCUGCCCAAAAUGUGGGCUGGAACUCAAGGCUCUUGAAUCUCUUAAAAUGCAGAUUGAGAUGACUGAAUUUCAUUGAUCUCAUCAUGUGUUUGUGCCCAUGUAUCAUAAACAUAAGUUUUAAUUAAACGUCCUGCGACCCAGCAGAACAUGGUUUUUCCAUACAUUUCUUGGAAAUUGCCCUUCCGCCAAACUUUGGAUGUCCAGCAUAAAGUGCGUUUAGACUGGGCAUCAUAGCUUGUACAGAUUGUACAGAGAUACAUUUUAAAGUGUAUGUCCUCUGGAGUGGAUAAUUUCAAUUUCCUAAAAUUGUCUUUAAUUUAGUAUUUAAUUCUCUUUCUAUGGAGGGUUUAUUUUGUAAAUAAAAAAAAAAAAAAAAAAUGAUAAUCUAACAGUCAUCCUACCCAGGGUGUACCGCCCUCAGCCUUGCACCCAAUGCUUCUGGGAUAGGCACCAGAUCACUGGGACAAAGCAGUUACUUAAAUUUGAAGGAUGGCUAAUCUGACAAAUAUAGAAAACAAACACUAUAUAAAACAAUCCUGAACUUGUAUUCUGAUCCCUUUAUCGAGCAUUGAGUUAAAGUACUUCGCAGCUCUGGGUUCUUUUUUCUUCCUUGUUUUGAUAUGAAUUGCUAAAUAGAAAUGGUUUCCAUUUCUCUUCUGUUUAAUGAGUUGGAUGGAAAAUAAACAUGACACGGGGCUUGAGUGCGGACCCAUUCUAAUUUCCGUUAUUCGUGUACAGUGCAGAUUUGGCAGGAACAUCAAGGAGACCUCAUGACAGAUUGGAUGGGUGAACUCUCCCCCGGCUGUCCUUUCGGCCAUGGUAAACCCUAACAAAACCCGGUUGGACGGCGGAGCUCUGGAACGAAAUAUGCACUAAUGCCGGUAAUGACUGCGCAGACGGUUAUUUAUUCUGGCGUUAACCUUCCCGAAUGAGCCGCGCCUGAGGCAAAAUGCACCCAAGUGGGCUGAGGCCUCCUGGAAAGUCCCGCCUUUUUUGAUCACUCUGUCUUAAUUACAUAU